UAGCCUCUGUGCAGAUCUUGUGCAAGUCACAAUGAAAAUUUAUGCAGAUUUUGUGCAGAUAUUUUAGUACAAUAAAAUUUGUGCAUGAAAAGUAAACAUUAUGCACUAACACAUAUUUACAAGUCUAUUUGUACAAAAUGUUUACCAACUUUGUACGUAUUUCUGGGCAUCUACUUAGUAAUUAAAUAUAUGUAUAAGUUUUAUGCAAACUUAUCUACAUUAAAAUUGUACCAUAAAAUCUGUAUCAAAUAUGCACCAAAUAUGCACCAAAUAAUAUAUGAAUUCUGCUGCAGAUUUCCAUGCACCAAACUAGCAUCAAAUAUGCACAAAGAAAAAAAGGGUGAUCAGGCGCCAUCUUCAUGCUACACAGUUCUCUACUCAUUUCCUACAGCCGUCAAAACGUGGUUUUCUUCUUUCUUAAAAUAUUAAAUAAUUAAUUAAUAUGGAAAAAUUGGUUCAAAGUGCAGACCAAAGUGAUAAAACUUUCACGGUGGUCGAGUUUCACUUAGAUAAUGGAGUAAGUGUUGUUCCAAGUUCUUGGAUAUCGGAAAAAGUAGGAAAAAAGUUUUGUCCGUUUCCUGAUCCGAUUCCGAAGGAUUUUGAAAGAAUUCAAUCCAACCUAAAUAGUGUUCCUGGCCAGGAUUGGAUUACUUAUGAAGUCACUUGUGUCAGAGUUCAUGAUAACUACAAAAGAGCACAGGGAAAAGCAAAAAAGCACAUUAGGAAUCAACAGGUUGACUCGACUGAUGCAGAAUUAGGACGAGGAAAACGAUUUCGAAAAAAUGAAGAAGUCCUUGUCACCCUGGCCGUAUCAGAACCACCUCCGUCGUUGCUUCAUCAAAUAAAUAGUGGCUCGAGUCGGCAAGUGAACGGUCCUGCUGAAAUCCCAAACGAUCAACAGCUGCAGACCCUACAAAUUCCAUACAUACGAGUUGAGGCGGAUCAGCAACUCUCAGAGCUAUUUUCAGAAUUUAGAAAUUUUCAAGAAGAAUCAUUACGAAACCAAGCAUUUUUACUGGAACGAGUGCAAAAUUUGGAGAAUCUUCUAUUGAACUCAUUACAAAAUCGAGGUGCCAACUCCCGCUGGGCUGGAUGGAAAUGGCCAAUUAAAACAACAGCUGACGUGGAUGCAGUCGAAUUAUGGUUAUUGGACCCACGCAACUACCAGGAAGAAGUUUUGAUAUUGUCAAAAGUUGGUGGUAAUUCCGGUGGCACGAAGUGUGUUUACGACACCCUUGAUUGGAUGAUUUGUCAUCAACUGGCGCUGACCCUUCGCUAUACCAGUAAGAGUGGAAAAACAGCAGUUGGGGAUAAGUUAUUCGUAAAACUUACUCGUGAGUCCGUCAGACUAUCAAAUCCUGGAUUAACGGAUCGCCAGAUCAAUCGCUUCAUUGCUUCCUGGUUUCGACAGUCCUCACAACGUGAUAAAUCGAGAAAUGAAAACAAAACUGGUCACCCCACGCAGAACACUGCAACGGCGAGCGGAGAGGGUGGUCACCGCGGCACUCAAGAGAAUUCGAACUCAACGAACUCAACGUACGACAACGAUUCUGGCAGAGACGAGUAAUGAAGACGAAUCAAACAACCAGCAUUCUCGUCACAUCGCUAAUUUAGAACAUGUAGAAAGUAAUUUGCAAAUUGAGGAAGCUGAAAAUCUUAUGCCAACUUGUUCUGUUAUCCCACCAAUUAAUAAUAAGUCUAAAUUAAUUCAGUUAGGUAAAUGGGCAACCGAGUUUAAUAUUAGUCAUAUCGCUCUGUCAAAACUAUUAUAUUUAGCCCGUGAAUUUUCUAGAAUUACGGAAUCUUUUAACACUUAAAAUUGGAAUAGAUGGGUUGCCAAUUUCCAGAAGUUCAAACAAGCAAUUUUGGCCAAUUUUAGGGAAGCUGGAUCAAGAUCCAAGAUCGAGAGUUUUUAUAAUUAGUUUAUUUUAUGGAUCUCAAAAGCCACAAAGUUUAGAAACCUUCUUGGGUCCAUUUGUCAAAGAAAUGCUAAAAUUGGAGCAAAAUGGUGUGCACGCUAAAGGCUGUCAUUAUUCAGUUAGGAUUCGCUGUCUUGUAGCUGAUGCGCCGGCUCGCAGCUUUCUUAAGCGAAUAAAAGCCCACAAUGGUUAUUUUGGAUGUGAAAGGUGUUAUCGCAGAGGUAGUUAUAAAAAUUCCCGUAUUCUCUAUUCAAUUAAAGCUCCUUGUGAAGAAUAUACGGACCAGUCUUUUAGAGAGCGUUGGUACGAAUGUCAUCACAAAGACGUUUUGCCAUCUCCUUUAGAAUCAUUGUCUCUUGGUAUGAUUUCACAGAUUCCUUUAGAUUACAUGCACCUUUGCUUAUUAGGAACAAUGAAAAAAUUAUUGCUUGUUUGGACGGAAAGCGGCCACAUAAAUUAUCCAGUGUUCAACAAAAAAUAAUAUCAGAUAGAUUAAUUAAUUUUAGAGUUCAAGUACCUAAAGAAUUUGCUCGAAAAUGUCGAGGUAUUAAUGACUUAAAACAUUGGAAAGCCACCGAGUUUAGACUUUUCUUACUAUAUGUUGGUCCCGCUACGUUAAGGAAUAUUCUUGACGCAAAAAAGUAUGAACAUUUUCUAUUAUUUCACUCUGCGAUGUAUAUUUUAGUUUGUAGUCCUUUAGAACGUAAAUGGAUAGAUUUUGCACAAAGUUUACUAAACAAAUUUGUGCACGAGAUUCCUAAACUUUAUUACAAGGAAUUA